AUGGAGAAAGAGAAAAGAAGGAAGAUGUAUUUCUUGACAGAGGAUACAUGGACGAUGGUACUUGUAAGAGUCCCGCUUAAGAGAAUCACCACUUCCAAAUUAGUAUGCAAGCAAUGGAGAUCAAUCGUCGAAUCUACGUUGUUCCGCGAGCUUUUUCUGUCUCAUCAUCAAAACUCGCAUUCUUCAUGGUCUCUCAUAUUGGGCAAACAUUCGCCUAAAGAAGUCUUGGCUCACUACGGAUGCAAAAUAUGGGGACUUUCAAGAUCGCUUGGCUCUUACGUCUCCUCUUUCGUCACGUCCAAGUUCGACACAAACAAUGAAAAACCUAGAGUGUUGGCUUACACAGAUGUCGGAUUGAUUUUGAUCUGCGUGACAUCUAUUCCUUGGAACCGAACCUAUUACGUAGCUAAUCCGGUUUCACUACAAUGCGUCAAGAUCCCUCCUCUUCCUAAAUCUCUUCGGCCGUUCACACAAGAGGGUCGUUUCAGUGACGCAGGGCUUGUCACACGGACAGAAAACGGUGUCGUUUUGGGUUACAAAGUUGUUUUGAUUCAAACACUCAUCGUGUACGAGUAUCUCUUUACUUUCAUCGUGAAUUCGUCGGAGACACGCUUGUGGAGUUCCAACCAUCUCCGUUACUCUAUCCCUUUAAGCCGUCUAAAUUUUCAAGAUCCCAUUUGUUUGAACAAAAGUCUUCACUGGUUUGGUCUCAAUCUUGGUAAAGAAGUUGUUGUCUCCAUCGAUUUCUACGGUCCUGAUCGUCAAUACCGAGUCAUAACUUUCCCUGACUCGGACAAAAGAAAACCGAAUUUCAAAAGAUCUUGCACGACUUCUCAAGGUAAUCUCAUGUAUAUGAACAUAGUCUCUGAAGAUGAUGGAGGAGGUGUAGUGGAGCAUAAGUUAAGUGUGUGGAGGCUAAAGAACCGCGAAUGGGAGCUUGUUUCUGAGAUUUCCCCAAGUUUUAUUGAGACCGGUUUAGAUUAUUUUCCUUUCUUGGUGAACCCUUUUGAUAGUGAUACCGUGUAUGCAUGGAGCGAGAUGUAUGAGUCUUUGGCAUCUAUCAACUUAAGCAAUGGGGAAUCUAGGGUUCACAGUGAGCUGGAACGUACCGGAAACGGUCAGGCUCUGAGUUCUGUUGGAUGCAAGAGGAAGAAGAGGGACACAAUUCGAUUCCUCUCCUCCGUAUCACAUCUUUCGAUGUUUGCUCUUCCACGGUGGCUCUAUCGGAUCCCGGGGAACUCCGAGGUCAGGAAACCUAACACCUUCUGGCUCUUAAGCAACGUUUCAGCCUAA